CACGUGGGUGCGUUUCUGUAGUAGUGUCGAUAAAAAGUUAUCAGCCGAUUUAUAGGAACUUAUAAAAGCCAGUCGUUGGGCUACACUCAGACCGCUGGACCUGCUCCGUAUUUUGUUAUAUAUAAAUUCUUUAUAGAAAUUAACAAUGUCGUACCCGAAAGAAGUUGGUGGCCACAAACUCGGCAAGCUCAUCAUCGAGGGUAAGACGAAGCAGGUUUUCGACCUCCCGGAGAACCCUGGACUGUGCCUGCUGCUGAACAAGGACCGCAUCACCGCCGGCGAUGGAGUCAAGGCUCACGACCUGGAGGGCAAGGCCGCCAUCUCCAACCAGACCAACGCUAAGGUCUUCGAGAUUCUGCAGGCUACUGGUCUCAGGACAUCGUUCGUGAAGCAGGUGUCGCCCACGGCGUUCCUGUCGAGGAAAUGCGAGAUGAUCCCCAUCGAGUGGGUGACGCGCCGCCUGGCCACCGGCUCGUUCCUGAAGCGCAACCCUGGAGUCCCCGAGGGCUUCCGCUUCUGCCCCCCGAAGCAGGAGACCUUCUUCAAGGAUGACGCCAACCACGACCCUCAGUGGUCUGAGGAGCAGAUCGUUUGCGCCAAGUUCAAGUUCAACGGAUUAGUCAUUGGUCAGGAUGAAGUUGACUACAUGAGGAAGGCCACCAUCCUGGUUUUCGAAAUCUUGGAGAAAGCCUGGGCCCUGCGUGACUGUGCUCUUAUCGACAUGAAGAUUGAGUUCGGUGUUGACACAGAAGGAAACAUUGUGUUGGCUGACGUCAUUGAUUCCGACUCAUGGAGGCUGUGGCCUUCUGGAGACAAGAGACUUAUGGUGGACAAGCAGGUGUACAGAAACCUGUCCACCGUCACCGCAGCUGACUUGGAAACCGUGAAGCGCAACUUCAACUGGGUCAAGGAACAGCUCGACCAUUUGAAGCCGACCAUCCACCACAAAGUUGUCGUCUUCAUGGGUUCCCCAGCUGACCAAGAACACUGCCAGAAGAUCGCCAAAUCUGCUCGUGACUUGGGUCUGGACGUAGACCUGCGUGUCACCUCAGCCCACAAGGCCACCGAGGAGACGCUCCGCAUCAUGCAGCAGUACGAGGACACCCACGGAGCGCUGGUCUUCAUCGCCGUCGCUGGCAGGUCCAACGGCUUGGGUCCCGUCCUGUCUGGCAACACUUCCUACCCGGUCAUCAACUGCCCUCCUCCUUCUGACAAGAUGGUUCAGGACAUCUGGUCGUCCCUCUCAGUGCCCUCUGGUCUAGGCUGUGCCACCGUGAUCUACCCCGACAGCGCCGCCCUGAUGGCAGCUCAGAUCAUCGGACUACAGGACUACCUCGUGUGGGCCCGCCUCAGGGUCAAGCAACUCGAAAUGGCCACUUCCCUAAGACAUGCUGACCAGAAGUUGAGGAAUUUAUCUGUUUAACUUUUUUUAAAUGUUGGUGUACCCUUAAUGUAACCUUCGAUUUUAUGCGUUUAAAGUUUUUAUCACAAAGUUGCAGUAUUUAAUGAGGUAACAAAAAUAUCAUAAUAUAUGAAGCUUAUUAAAUAAGCAUUGUUAUCAUUGGUAUUACAAAUACGUAAAUAUAAUAUUGUAAUCUCAUAUACUGUUGUAAUAUUUUUACAUUCCAAAUAAAUAUUGUACGUAAA